AUGGGGUUACACAACGAAGUGAAGGAGAAUAAGGUUGCCAAGGGCAAACGACUCCGCGCAGCGAUGCUGAACGGCGACUCACCAGGAAGUCAUUUCCUUGACCACCAACAACUCGCACAACACAACUAUAGCAGGUCCACUAUUUCACACCUCGUCUCAUUUCCCUUGGUUCAUAAUAUCAUAGCAGAACUUGGUCAAGGCAGCCAUAAUCUCCCCGUCCAAGUAACUUACAACCAAGAGAGCGUCGUUGGCGACAAAGAGUACACAAAACUUUAUGCGACGUUCAGAAACGUAGUAGACCGACCCAACGGCUUCCUCGUCGCAACCGAAAAUACGAAAUACGACCGCCCCACACAACCUGAGGUAUUGAACUAUUGGUCAGACAUAGCUUUUCUCGCAUGGACUGAACCCGUCGCAGAUGAAGAGAAGCGUGGCGGCGACCUGAAUUAUGUGCUCCGUUGGACCAUUACGAACAGAGAUACUGUCGUGGUGACCAGUAAGCUCCUGACAGACUACCGGGCAGAGGAAGAGGAGGAUGAGGAGUGGGUACCGGUGUGGCCGGGUAUUAGCUUCGACGCGGAUAGCGAGCAGGCGCAUGCUCUGCUGGGGACGCCGAAUGGAAGCGGUGUGGCUUGGUUGUUGGUGCAGCAUAAGCGGCAGUUGGGGCAUAAGGUUGUAAAGAAGGUGACGUUGUUUUAUACGAUUAGGAAUGUUGGGACAUUGCCACAGGAGUGUCAACCAAAUUUGCUGUUUUGGAUUGGGGAGGUGGGGGAGUAG